AUGUCAGGCGACUGGCAGCAUGGUCUUUUUGGGUGUUAUGACAACUGUGGUCUCUGCAUCAUCUCCUACCUUGUACCCUGCUACACCUUUGGCAAAAACUCAGAAGCUGUAGGAGAAGUGUGCUGGAAAUGUGCAGUGACAUAUAUUAUUCCUAUCGUUAACUGCAUUGCCGCCAUCACGAUCCGUGGGCGUAUCCGUGAGCAUAGGGGGAUCCCGGGAUCGACAUUCAAUGAUCUGCUUGUGAUAUGUUUCUGUCCGUUGUGUGCACUGGUGCAGGAAGCACAGGAGGUUCAAGUUCCGGGUGCCCGUGCCAUAGCCAGAGAAUGA